AUGCCGUGGAAGUUAUCGACCAAUACGUCUCCGGAGGCAAAGAACCGCCCCCCAUUGUCUUCGCAACAAUCGAACUCAUUGCCCUCCACGCCGUACCAACAUGCGCGGAAAAUCUCCUUUCAUUCCCGAUCGCCCUCGCCUCCCCACGGGAGCACCUCCCCCCGCUCCACCCACUCAGAGUCCACCCACCUCCCCCCUUCGAUGCGAAAACAGUAUGGCGGCUGCAAGUACGAGACGGCAAUGGCUUUCUUCCGGAGACGAAUACCGUACUCCAUAGGGGCCGACUUGUUGCCGGAGGAGAAGGAGGGCUUGAAGGAGCGCCUGGAGCCCGAGGAGGAACAAAGGCUCACGGCCGACAUGCUGGAGGUCUACGACCGACUGUUACCAUCAGCGGAGAGCGACGACCGACGGCGGCAACUCGUCCGCAAGCUGGAAAAACUGUUCAAUGAUCAGUGGCCCGGAUGUAAUAUUAAGGUUCAUGUUUUUGGGUCGUCGGGGAAUAAACUCUGUUCGAGUGAUUCGGAUGUUGACAUCUGUAUAACCACCACCUAUAAAGAGCUGGAGCACGUGUGUCUGCUGGCGGAGGUUCUCGCAAAACAUGGCAUGGAGCGAGUCGUUUGCGUUUCGCACGCCAAAGUCCCCAUAGUUAAGAUCUGGGACCCGGAGCUGCAAUUAGCAUGUGACAUGAACGUCAACAAUACCAUGGCUUUGGAGAACACGCGGAUGGUCCGGACGUAUGUAGAGUUGGACGAGCGCAUUCGGCCCCUGGCCAUGAUCGUGAAACAUUGGACGAAGCGGAGGAUAUUGAAUGAUGCCGGACUUGGAGGCACCCUGAGUUCUUAUACGUGGAUCUGUCUGAUUAUCAAUUUCUUGCAAACGCGGGAUCCUCCCAUUCUGCCGAGCCUCCAGGCUCGACCUCACAAGAAGAAAACAACAGCGGACGGAAUUGUUUGCUCCUUCGAUGAUGAUCUUGAUUCCCUCGUCGGUUUUGGACGACAAAACAAGCAGUCCCUUGGAGAGUUGCUCUUCCAAUUCUUUCGGUACUACGGCCAUGAGCUGGACUACGAGAAAAACGUGAUCUCCGUGAGGGAGGGAAAGCUCUUGUCAAAGGAGGCUAAGAGAUGGCACUUGUUGCAAAACAAUCGCCUGUGUGUUGAAGAACCUUUCAACACGUCUCGAAACCUGGGUAACACCGCGGACGAUACGUCAUUUCGGGGGGUUCACAUGGAGCUCCGCCGGGCCUUCAAGGCCGUUUCCGAGGGCAACCUGGAGCUUUGCUGCGAACAGUACGAGUACCCGCCAGAAGAGGAGCGUUCAUGGGAAAGACCUCCCCCGCAACCGCGGCCGGUCAUCACUGCAGCACCACCACCCUCUCGAGGUGGUCGUGGGGGCGGUCGAGGUGGAAGACAUUCGAAUCAAUUCGGCCGCGGCGGAAAUUCUGGUGGCCGGAGGGCUUCCAACACCCCCAAUAAGUCGAAUAGCUUCCGACAACCCAACGGUAUGAGUGCGUCCGAACUAUCUUUGCAAGCUCAGCAUGCCCAAUAUCUCCUACAUGAUCAUCUCUACCAACAAAUUCAGAUUCUUCAAGCCCAGGAACAAGAACUGCGACUCCAACUGCAAAAUCAGGCGCUCUUGACAGGACGUCCUCCGCCUGUCCUCAUUCGGCAACCGUUCAUCCAGUUCCCAAUGCCCCAGCAGCAGGAAACCUCUACAGAGGACAACUCACGGUCAAGAUCCGGAACAACGAAUCAUCAAACGCACGGUGCAUCACUCCGUCAGCCGGUCUACUAUAGUGCCCCGUACCUCCCCGUCACUGUUCCAGGUGUGCAAGGGAGCAGCACCAAUCCACCGUCGCCGUCAGCAACCACUGCAAUGCCGGACCUGAGACGCAGUCCUCGCCGGUCAUCAGUAGCAAAUGGGUCACCAAGCGGGUCACUGCGGGCACAUUCGCAACCGGCACGCCCUGUCAACUCCCUCCCAAGCUAUGCUCCGCUCUACUCUAUCUCUCAAGCAGCGGACGGCUCGCCGACGUCGAAGUCGCGCAACAUGCCUGGUUCUCCAGACGGCACGCAGGCAGAGAACGAAAGCUCCUUCAUGCCCAGCAGCCUACCCAACGUUUCUCGCUCGGGUUAUUUCGACGAGAGCCGAACGAACGAAUAUAUGGGUUAUUUCCUGGCGACCUCUCCGCAAUUGCAGGCGUAUCACCAGAACACUCUGUUGUCCUCCCUCUCGUCUCCGGUGGGGCUUACAAUGCAGAACGGUGGCAUGAUGCCCUUUGUCGGAAGUUCCCAGGAAUACAUGCAGUCUAUGUCUUCCAACGAGGUAGCUGGCCAGGGCGUAGACGGUGCUAACGCCUUUCCUACCAAGUCUGCUUCCUCGCAACAGCGUGCAUCCUCUCGAUCGGCACCCUCAGGGGAUCGUGGCGGCCCAUUGAUCGUGGAUGGCUCUGUGCCUCCCAGUGAACCGCGUCUCUCAGCCUCAGCAGAACACUAUGACCCGUAUGCUACCAUGAGCCAUUGUACAUCCGCCUCGGAUGAGAUCAACACGGACACUCCUGCCAGUGUCUCCGACUCGUUUUCCCAAGACUAUCCGGAUAACAGCUCCGUCGAGAUUGACCCGGCACCUUAUUUCGCACGGCAAGGGAUUGAGUCAUAUCCUACAGGCAAAGUCAGCGAUCCCUUUGUCAAUGGCCAUGGAGGAAAGCAUAGUCUGCUUUCCAGCCGUCUGCAAAGUCUGCAUCUGUCAAAUUCAGAGAAGGUAGCCGAGCCUGUGGCUCGUGGUGGAUCCGAGAAACCUAAGACUGUCCAGAGUCAACAGGAAUCGCACAAAGAGGCUUCCCGACCGAGACAGGUCCAUGGACCAGAGAAAGGACCGUCGACCUCGAGUACUUCUUCAGUGACGGAACAGCAACCUGCAAUGUCUACUGGGAAGCGCCGUGUCAACGGCGUUGAGUCAUCGGAAAGACCCAAUGGAGGUACCCACAAGGCCAAAUCCAAGAAUCACAAUUCUUCGUCUGGGCCCGGCGACAACGAGAGACGAAAUGCGGGUUCGCAGCCACGAAAGCCAAACGGGGUUAGUUCCACACAGGAUUCCGCAGUGAACCAUGCCAGCAGCGGCUGGCAGAUGCCCAAGAGCAGAAAGCCGAAAAGGAAUGCCAAGCACUCUACGGAGCACCGACAUGGCUUGCAGAGUGGCGCUGAGCCACUUCCUGCGGAUGAAUCUCUGAGAAAAGGCGGCUGA